AUGAAUCCUGCUGGUGAGGUCAUCUGGGGUCAGAAAGUUGGAAUCACUUGUUCGGUCUCAACUCAGGUUUUGGAUGGAAAUUUUGUCCUGACGAAGACCAGGAGUUCAUUCAAUGAGACCCAAACUUUAAGGACAAACUCUGCUUCCUUCUGGAUUCAUAAAGCAGACUUUGAAGAUGAAGGAUCGUACCAGUGUCAGUAUCAGACAACAGGCUCCAGUCGGUACUUUGGCUCACCGUUAAGUGACCCUGUCAGACUCUCCAUCAACAUGAGACUGCAGAGGCCCAACAUCUCCCUGACUUCCUCUAACACCUUCUGGAGUCCUGAAGGAGCAGUAGUUACCAAGGGUUCCAGUUUUACCUUCACCUGCUCCAUCAACUCCAGUUAUACUCAGGGACGUUUUUUUCUCAUGUUUUCUUCAAAUGUCAUGGACACCAAGCCUGCAGUCAACAACUCGGCCUCCUUUAACUUCCCUGUAGCUGAUUACGAACACCAGGGUAACUACAGCUGUGUGUAUGAGCUCACACUGUCUACACGGAGAUUCAACUCUACUGAAGCACCACCGAUUACUCUUGUUAUUAAAUUGUCUUUGCUGCUGCUGGUCUCUUCCAUUUCCAGUGGAAUUCUGCUGCUGCUACUGGUGGUCUUGAUGGUGGUCUGUCUGGUCCGCAGGAGAAGGCGAAACACCCAGCAGCCCAUAGCCCUCUCCCAAAUUCAAAUGGACGGCAGAGAUCGGAAAACUGAUGAUGAAGAUGAGGAUGAUGAGCAGGAUUACGAGAAUGUGGAUCUUGUAGACAUGACAAAGAAAGUCAGGAAGGAAGAAACAGAAGAGGAGAGUGAUGAUUAUGAAGAGCCAGUUGGUGAUGAUGACCACGAUUAUGAGGAAGCAGGUCCUGAUUUAUACUGUACAAAUGCCAAGGAGAUCAGUGUGAGUGGGGAGGAUUACAGUGAGGAAGACAGUGAGGAAGAUGAUGAGGAAGAAGAAACCAGUGAUGAAGAUGAUGACUAUGAGAAUGUAUCACCAGCCUGUGAACAAAUUGUGGACAUAUAUCAACAGUAUGAGGAUGUAUACCAGACCUUUUAGCUAUCAGCUCAUCAGCAUUGUAGCAUUGAUUUUAAUGAAGAACUGAGCUUUAAGCUGGAAAACGGUGCAUGAUGUAGCUUACUUGCUGUUAAUCCCACAGUAAUUUCACAGUCAUUUAUUAAAUAAGAUGGGCUUCUAUUUUCACUUUAUUUCUGAGGAACUUUCAGUUUUGCACCCUGACUGCUGAAGCAAGGAGUUAUACACUGCCUGGCCAGAAACAAGGUCAUACACUCUGAUGUUUGGCUGGACCUCCUUUAGCUUUGAUUCCAGCAGCAUUCGCUGUGACAUUGUUUUGUUAAGCCUCUACAAUCUCACAACAAUCAUUUCCAUCCAGUGUUGCGUUAUAUUUUGCUCCAAGAUCGAUGGUGGAG